AUGCGAAAAUCCUAGAAAAUGCCCUCCUAAUAAUAAAUGAAGAAUAUAAUAACACCAACAGUUACAUAACAAAUAACUUAUAGUCCUGAAUUAUCUCCAAUAAAUAAACCACAAAAAUAAAUGACUAGAAAGACAUCCAUGAUUGAAUUGUAUAGGGUUGAAAGUGAAUCAAUUAGAAUUAGACCUCAAAGAGUUUUAUAAAUUAUUAAAGAUGCAAAGCAAUAAUUAUUUUCUUAAUAAAAUCCUCGAAAUGAAAAAAAACUAAAGCCAAGAGUGGAAACAUCUGAAGGUUAAAAUAGAGGUCUAGAUUUUACAUUCGCAUAGAAUUUCUCAAACAAGUAAAUUAUAAUGAAAGAAUUCUCCUCAAAUGGUCUCAGAAAAAAAUUCUUUGUAUGA